AUGACUCCCAAGUAUACCCUGUACAUUGGUACAUUUGUCCAUCUUCCCCGGGAGAAGACCGGCGAAAGGCAUGAACUUGCUAUUCAUCGUGGCGCCCUCUGGGUCUCUGCCGCCGAUGGGCGCAUUAAAGGAUUCGACUGGAGUAUCUCCAAUGACGGUGACCUCCAGGACCUGAUCGAGAGGCAUGGCUGGGCCACGGAAGGUAGCAAUUGGGCGGGCGGCAGACCCAGAGUGAAAGUUGUCCGAGCUCGCGAAGAGAACAACGAAUUCUUCUUCCCGGGCUUCAUCGACACGCAUAUCCAUGCUCCUCAAUACCCCAAUGCCGGACUCUUCGGCAUCCUGACCCUCUUGGACUGGUUGAAAAAGUAUACCUUCCCCGUGGAAAAAUCCUUCCACGACACCAGGCAAGCCCAUACCGUGUACAAUAGAAUCAUCACCCGCACCCUCGCCAAUGGCACCACCUGCGCCUCCUACUUUGCUACCAUCCACGUCCCCGCCACCAACAUUCUGGCCACCCUGUGCAAACAGCGCGGCCAGCGCGCCCUAAUCGGCCGCGUUUGCAUGGACCGCGUGGAGACAACUCCCCCGGAUUAUCGGGACCCCUCCCCGCAGGAAUCCAUCUCCCUCAACUACGACGUCAUCAACCAUGUCAAGACCAUCGAUCCCCACGGCACAUACGUGAAACCCAUUAUCACGCCGCGGUUUGCGCUCGCGUGCACGGAACCCGCCAUGAGAGGUCUCGCCGCCCUUGCGCAGGAAUACAAACCCCCUCUACACAUCCAGACGCACAUCUCCGAGAACAAGAACGAAGUCUGCGAAGUCGAGUGCAUGUAUAAGAUGAAAUACGCAGAGGUCUAUGAGCAUUUCGGUCUCCUCACGCCGCGAACUAUCCUCGCGCACGCGGUGCAUCUCUCCGAGCAGGAGCGGAGAAUUAUCAGUGGCCAUCGAUCGAAGAUCUCGCAUUGUCCUGCGUCGAAUUCCGCGCUGGGAUCGGGUCUAUGUCCUGUGCGGUAUCUCCUUGACGAUGAUAUCACCGUGGGACUGGGUACCGAUGUAAGUGGUGGAUAUGAUGCCAGUAUCUUGGAGAAUGUGCGAGAGGCGUGUCUCGUCUCGAGACUGUAUCGUCAUACCGACCCUGAGAUUGAUGAUAAGGAGGCAAGACGUAUUAUGCUUAGUGUUGCGGAUGCUCUGUAUCUCGCUACGCGCGGCGGAGCCGCCGUCGUGGACAUGGCGGAUGAGAUCGGUGGGUUUGAUCGGGAUAUGUCCUGGGAUGCGCAGUUGAUUUCGCUGGGUCCGACGGUUGAGAAACGUCCGAAGAGGUGGACAGAUGAUAGUCCGGUGGAUAUCUUCGAGAAGGAGGAGAAGAAUUGGCCGGAGAAGAUCGAGAAGUGGGUGUGGAAUGGGGAUGAUCGGAAUGUGAGCGCAGUUUGGGUGCACGGGAAGUUGGUGCAUCGUCGCGGUGAUGAGCACGGAAAAUGCUGUCGUCAUGGUUGGAAAUGGGUCUGGGGGGCAGGUCUCGCGGGUGUGGGGGCUUUGUUUGUGCUACGCAGGAUGAGAUCGUAG